CACUAACCGAGUGUAUGAUUAAGUAAAUAGAUUACGCAAGAACAUCCUACUUCCAGGAAAUCGUGCCUGAGAGGACAUCAACACUUUUCCAAUGGUUACGUCUCGUCGUGUAUCAACUGCAAAUAUGUCUGGGUCUGGAAGAUUCUGAGAUUUGUAAUGUACGUUUAGCAUGGGGGAUAAUGUCUGUAAUGCAUGCCGUAGCAUCACAGACUUUUCGAGGGCUUCGCGCUGCCUAUUCCGCAUGACAUCAAAUGCCCUAGAUCUCCUGCGUCCGAAGCUGCUUGUGGCGACGGUGCAAAGGUUUUUGAUGAGGUGCAGUCGGGUAUGCAUGACAAUUGCGCUCUCCGCGUAGCCAAGGGUUGCAUUCCCUUUGCAUUUGCUGGUCAUGCAAUACAAUUUUUUUUGGAAUCCAAAUGGAGCAGGACAAGUUCGGAUUCUUCCAGACCCAGACGAGACAUUUUUGCAUUUGAUAUCGUGGAUUGCCCUGCUGGGCGAUUGCCGUGCUGGUCGCGGUACUAGGGGGAGCUGUCCUUAUCGCUGUUGUUGUUACGACUGUGGUCAUUGUCCUACAACGGGCAGGGCAGGCAAACGAAAACGAGGAACUACAAGUGUCAUGGCCAUGGGGGCAGAGGACAAGGCAUAAUGAAAUCCCGACUGGCCGGAGGAAUCAUAAUGAAGUCCCGACUGGCCCCCCAGCUGGACUUCGAUUGUCAUGGCCAUGGGGGCAG